UUAUUGUCUUCACUGAUGCCUAACUCAAGUGAGCAGUCGCAUUUUGGUGGCUCUCUGGGCCAGCUUGGUCCUGAAUGGACUGAAGGUCAGAACGACAGGGCGGCAAGUCGCUGUCACUACUGCGGCACCAUUGCGGGGCGUAGGAAUUCUGUGGUUGGGGGAGACGGUGGAAUGGGGUUUCACUAUCACCCAGAUCUCGGCAAGAAACUGGAUCCAGACUUCCAGAUGUCCCAGGACAGGCAGGUCCAGGACCGGCAUGGGCAGCAGCUGCUGAGGAAGAUCUCUGUGCCUGAUCUAAGCAACAGCCUCUACCUCAGGCAAGUGAUGGCGGGCCGUGCCUCUGCACCACCUCAGGAUUACUACUCGGCUGACACUACGCUAUGUGGUCAGCUACCUGAAGAGUCUGGGUUUUAUAGGGAUAACCAGCACCUGCUCACCAGAUCAGCCUCGCAUUAUGGGCCCAGUGCUGGGGGGGUGAGGCCUACCUGGGAUCAAGGACAGACGAGGGCCACACCUUCCGUGCUGCCUUCUGCUUCAACACCUACCCCUGUGCCUCCUCCCCCUCCACCUCCUCCCCCGCCUCCUCCACCACCUCCUCCCCCUCCCGUUCACGAGCUGAGCCGUUUGUACAGGGAAACUCUGGGAUCUAAGAUGAUCCCAGACGUCCACCGUAUUGGUGGCAGCUCUCCCUCUCCUGCGGUCUACGGGAUCCAGCCCCCUCUUCCUGUUUACGCUGCUGAGCCGCCAUCUCUCUCCGCGCGCCAGGCUUAUAACAAUAUCAACAGCUUGUCCCUGGACCCCCACCACCCAGCUGCCACCAGUUCAGUGGUGGACCCAGCUUCUCAGGGAAUGGACGGAGCUCUCCCCCGGGGUUAUGGAGCUGUAGCCUCCCAGAGGCUGCCUUAUGACCCAAGCUAUGACCCCAGCUCAGUCAUGGUGGCCGCCACACCUGGAAUGACCUCCAGUCUGCCUUCUCAACAUCCCAGCGCUGCAGACCCUAAGAAGAUGGUGGAUCCUAACUUUUUGGCUUACCUGCGGUCUGAAGGUUUGGCUGAGAGUACUAUCACUCUCCUCCUGCAACAUGGCUUUGAUUCCACUGCUACGCUGGGGAUGAUGGAGGACCAUGAUGUCCGCUCUGUUGCCCCAAACUUGGCACAGGCCCGUGUUCUCUCCCGUGUAAUGCUUGGUUGCAAGGCAAGCGGGGCGGCAACGCGUGCCCGAUCCAACAGCUUUAGCCAUCGCAAUGACCUCUACAUGCAGCCCCAGGGUUUGACCAUGGACCCCAACCUGAUGCAGCAACCUCCCACCACCAUCCAAACCGUGUCCCCGAGGAUGGGAGAAUUUCUUGGUAGAAGACCAAGCAGCGCACCCUCCCAACACCUCCUGGAGACCACCACAUACCCAGCAGCACGGCCCAUGGCAGCUGGAGCUUUCCCACUCAGCCCUGGAGGAUAUAGCAGUGCUGUGACUCAAGCAAGACCCUUCAACAUGUACAACGCCCACACUGGUCUCGCCAUGUCUGCUCUUGGACAACAGCCACCACCAGCUCCGGGCACCCCUGGAGCGGCGCCCAAAACCUUCUCUGGCUCUUACUCCCCCAUGGAGCUGAUGAAGAGAGCCCCCAACCUUCCCCCACCAUCACCAGUAGCAGCGUCGAGCCCCCUUCACAGCCCCCAGCUUCUCCGAAAAGGGAUCAAUGCCGCCCCUGAGAGUACCAUUGUUCCUGUAACUUCUUCGUCUACUCUCCAAGCGCAAAACCUUAACAACACGAAGAUGGUAGGACGUCGCACUGGUCCACCUGUCAUAGUCUCAACCAUGGCCACCACACCUGACACAAGUAUUCGGCCCCAAAUCAUGAACGGGCCAAUGCAUCCGCGCCCCCUGGUGGCGCUGCUGGACGGGCGCGAUUGCACCGUGGAGAUGCCCAUCCUGAAAGACUUGGCGACUGUCGCCUUCUGUGAUGCUCAGUCCACACAGGAGAUACAUGAGAAGGUGCUCAACGAAGCAGUGGGAGCUAUGAUGUACCACACCAUCACCCUGACCAGAGAGGACCUGGAAAAGUUCAAAGCCCUACGCAUCAUCAUCCGCAUCGGCAGCGGCUACGACAACAUCGACAUCAAGGCUGCUGGAGAGCUGGGCAUUGCUGUGUGUAACAUUCCCUCGGCAGCUGUGGAGGAGACGGCAGACUCCACCCUGUGCCACAUCCUCAACCUGUACCGGCGGAACACCUGGCUCUACCAGGCUCUCCGGGAGGGCACGCGGGUCCAGAGUGUGGAGCAGAUCCGCGAGGUGGCGUCCGGUGCCGCACGCAUCCGUGGCGAAACCCUGGGCCUCAUCGGCUUCGGUCGUUCAGGCCAGGCAGUAGCGGUGCGGGCCAAGGUUUUCGGCUUCAACGUCAUCUUCUACGACCCCUACCUGCAGGACGGCCUGGAGCGCUCGCUGGGCGUCCAGCGCGUCUACACCCUGCAGGACCUGCUUUACCAGAGCGACUGCGUCUCCCUGCACUGCAACCUGAACGAACACAACCACCACCUCAUCAACGACUUCACCAUCAAACAGAUGCGUCAAGGUGCGUUCCUGGUUAACACCGCGCGGGGUGGCCUGGUGGAUGAGAAAGCCCUGGCCCAAGCGUUGAAGGAAGGCAGGAUACGUGGAGCCGCCUUGGACGUCCAUGAGACGGAGCCCUUCACUUUUGCUCAGGGCCCCCUGAAAGACGCCCCAAACCUGAUCUGCACACCACACACAGCCUGGUACAGUGAGCAGGCCUCUCUGGAGAUGAGGGAGGCUGCAGCCACAGAGAUCCGAAGAGCCAUCACUGGCCGUAUCCCUGACAGCCUAAGAAACUGCGUCAACAAGGAGUUCUUCGUCACCACAGCACCAUGGGCAGUUAUGGAUCAACCAGGCGUUCACCCUGAGCUCAACGGCGCUGCUUACAGAUACCCGCCUGGUGUAGUUGGAGUGGCUCCGGGCGGCAUCCCGGGGGCGUUAGAGGGCAUGGUGCCAGGUGGGGUGCCCAUCGCCCACACCCUGCCCUCUGGUACACACCCCUCCCAGGCCCCGUCGCCCAACCAGCCCUCCAAACAUGGCGAGACCAGAGAGCACCUCACCGAGCAAUAGCAGCAGAAGGGAUCCAAAAAUGGCAACAUCUCAUCCGACCUGUCGACACUCAGAAGCAACCAAUCACAAAGCAACCGACCAACUGGGACCAAGAGACAGUGAAACAACACAAGCGGCUGCCUGUUAAACCAGUCAGCAUCUGGGAACAAAGGAAGUGUUCCGGGGAAUUUGUACUUUUAACGUUUUAGUUUUUACUCUGUCUCUUUGGGUUCAGUACCGACUUUACUCUUUGAUGAUGAUGAUGGGUUUUUUUGUUUUUGUUUUGUUUUUUCUUCGGGACAUGCCUAUGAUUGUGGACACAGAGUCCAGUGUUUUUAGCGCUCCGGGAUUACCCGAUGAGACUCUGUCCUGCCCCCCUACACCUCAGAGCUCAUGGGAAACGUAGGCCCACAUCUCAACACACCAAUGGGCGAACAAGAAAAACUUUGGCAUCAUGUGCUACUGGACCUUACCCCCCCUCGAUCCCGCCCCUCCUGACUCCCUCCUGAUCCUCCCCUCCACCCAGCUCCCACCCUCCUUAUGUAACUAAUGUGUGUUGUUUAGGCCCCUCAUUAUGCCUCAGAAGAGAAUUAUUAUUUUUUUCUUUCAAUCUUCAGUGUGAAUGACUAAAAAUGGAUUAUUGACUAUAUAUAUUUAUCAUUCGUCAAACAAAAGGAAAAGAUUGCUCAUCAGUUAUAGUAAUCUAGAGUGGGUUUUAACCCUUUCCUGGCAAUAAUACAUUAGAGUUGCAGUUGCAGGAUUUCACCACUUGAGGGCACUUCUACACAGUGUGGGGGAUUUCUCCUGCACCUGAGACCACUGAGACCAUAAGUUGCUCUGAUAUAUUUAGUGUAAUUAUUUUCUAAGCAGUAAACACUAAAAACAUUCACUUUACAUUUGACUGUAGCUGAAUUCUGAGGUAAAAGGAUCCAGAGGGAGCUGCCAGCUAAGUAUUUAACUUUUCUCUUUAGUUGUUAAGAGUUGGUGAUGUGUCAGUGUGACUGUGAGCUGUGACGAUGGGGUUUUUUUUUAAUCAUAAGAAAACAAAAAAACAAAAAAAGUUUGGUGUGACUGCAUCUGAUUCUUCUCUGGACAUUUGUGACGACAGCCGACGGACAACCGAUCUCAUCUUCUUCGAGCACAUUUCACACUAAAGACAGGAAAGGGUUAAAGCAAACUUAAUUUCUUAAUGACUCAGGAAAACACUUUUUUGCAGAUAUUGUUUAUUCCCAGAAUUUUGUCUUUGAGGAAAAAAAAAAAAAGAUAAGACUAAUCUGGUUAGUCUGGAUAUUUUCUCUCCUCCCUCAUCCUCUCCAUUGUGGUAUUUUUAUAUACAAGGCGCAUCCCACGUUUUUGGUGUUAAAGAGUUUUGAAGAGUCCUGUUAGAUUUGUAUUGCCUAGUUAAAUGUUCCUAUAACCAUAGUCCUAUGUGAUCCGCCCCCUCUCUCUUCUCUCCUUCUUAUAUUUUCUUUGUUCUAUUGAAGGCCAGGUUCUUUGGGGCAUCCUGUACUCUGUAAGAGCAAUAGCAGAAACUCCUACUUAGUGUCCCAACAAUAGCAGAAGAGGCAGCCAGCAGUAUGUUUUUGUUUUUAGUGUGAGUAUUUGUAUUUGUUUCUUGUACAAGGUGAACAUUUAGCAUUCAGUGCAGUUCAAAUAAAAGAUACGAUUCUGAGAACCAGC